GACUGCAAAUGAAUUUAUUUAGUACCAACCUCAAUGUUUGAAGACAUUAAAUGUCAAAAGUGUACUUUUAUUAUUGUUAGUUUCACAUAAAGGAUAAAAAUGCUUCAAGCUCAUCAGAAAGUAGUCUUUUUCUUUUGUUUGAUCCAUUCAAUUUCGCCACUUUGACGGAACAAUCUAAAAAUAUCAUAUUUCAAUACGCAAAUAUUUUUCAUCACAUUUGUCACAAAUUAAGUACAAUAUUAUAAACGACAAUGGAUUUGCUUGGUUCGAUUCUAAAUUCGAUGGAUAAGCCUCCGGAGAUCGACGAAAAGCGAAAAGAACAAAUGAAAAAGCAAAAAGAACAAGUGGAAAAGCAACAAGAGUAUGAAAAACGGGAAAUGGCCAAAUUUCGUGCGUAUUGUGAGGAGCGAGUGAAUCGAUUUAUCAAAGAUGAAAAUCGAAAGUUUCUGCAAUUUCAGCCACUUAAUAGAUUCUAUCGAUCGAUUGUGCAUGACGUAUCUCAAAUAGCCGGUCUGACAGCAAUGAGUUUUGGCAUCGAAGACGUCGAUAGAUACAUUGUCGUUUACAAGAAGGAUCUUCCACCGUCUGAAGAUGAAAUUAGCGCCCGACGAAAUGGCGAGGAAUGGAACAAAGAUACUGCACAGAAAUAUGCUCAAAAGCGGCUGGAAGAAAAAGAAAUGGAACAAUUUCGCGAAACCAAAUCGACAGAGGUGAAACCAAACUCAAAUUAUAAAGAUAAAUACGCUCAUUUAAUUGGACAAGAAGCUGCUGUUAAAGCAGCCAAGAAAACCGAAACAAACAAAAGUUAUGGAUUUGUUCCAAGUGAAAACAAACGAGAUAUGCGUACCAUUGAAGAUGUGCAGGCCGAUUUACAAGCCAAAAAGAAAAUGAGACUGUCACAAGCCACAACGUCCAUAAAUGACAAUUCAACCGCCGAAUAGGUGAUCAUCAUGAACAAAUAUAUAAUAAUCAUAUAUAUAUUGCCACAACAUUGGCUACGACUUACAAUACAAUUAUUAUCGUAGGCUUAUUUCUAUGUAUAAUGCAUAAUGUUUCGUUCAUAGUGUAAAUAAACAAAUUACCAAUGACCAAAUAGAAUACUUCAUACAACAUUAAAUGUA